UGUACUGCAGAUCUGGUAAAGGUCCUCUUUCCUUCCUUUGGAGGACUGCUUCAGUGGGCUGUUGUUGGGGACACAUUCCCUGGUGGGUGUGCUUUUGAUGAGUCCAUUGUUCACCACAAGUAUCUCAAGGAAAACCCUGACGACCAUAAUCCUGCUUACAACACUAAGUAUGGGGUUUACUCAGAGGGCUGUGGGCUUGAGAAUGUGAUGAUGUCAUGGGGGCAUGAUGACUACAUGUACCUGGUGGCCAAGGAGAAGAAGACAACUUUACCUGCAGCAGGGCUUUCUGUUAUCAAAUACCAUUCCCUUUUGUGGUUAGUACAAAAAAAUCAGAGAAAUUUCUUGAACCCCAUUCAGCAUCAAGGCUUUAUUUUGUUAUUGAGUCGAGGGAACGAGGAAAUUUCUCUAAACAUAUAUCCAAUUAUACACAAAAAUGGUGAUUUCUUGAUGAAUCGGUCUUAAUUAAAGUGUUUAAUGUGGCUCAAGAUAUUGAGGAUCUGAAGUGGCUCAAGAUAUUCAACAAAUAUGACCUUUACAGCAAGAGCAAAGUCCGAAUCGAUGUUGAGAAGGUUAAGCCAUACUUUCCCGCAAUGAAAAGGUACUUCCCUGCUAAGCUCAACUGGUGAGAGUUGGAGCUCUGAAGUUUGCCGGAGGAGUUCAACACAGCUUGGUCUCAGUCUGCUGGAGGGGCAGGGCAUGAUGUAAUAUAGAUGGUUUUCCUUACUAUGAUGUGUAAUGACCAGGGAAACAAUAGUGUACUUGUGAGAAGGGAUUCUCACAAUAUUGUAGCCUGUGGCUCUUCUGAAAUAAAUUCUCUG